CAGUGUUUGUAAAUACAUUUUAAAAGUGAAUUUUCGCACAGGUGAAGUUUUUUUACCAGAUAUGUAAAGGCAUUUGUUUUAGUAGAAUUUAAUCCUAAAACGUUUUUUUUUAAAUAUGCCAUCUUCAGAGAAUGCUACCUCAAAAGGUAAAAAGAAAGGAGGAGGUUUUUUAAGUCGCCAGGUUGCAAAGUCAAAAAAAGCUGAACCUGUCACUGAAGAACAGUUAUUACGAAAGGAUACAAUUUCACCAGAAGAUAUUAAAAAGCUGGAAAAGGCUACUGAUGGUUACUUAGUUGAUGGCCGAAAGAAUCCCUAUCAAAUUGACUUCACUCGUUUCAAAAUUCGUGAUAUUGAAUCAGGUGCUGUAUUGUUUGAAAUAGCUAAACCUGAGGAAGAUCCUGAUGACGAAAUGGAAAUAGACGAGGACGAUCCCGAUUCUGGAAGAUUUGUUAGGUAUCGUUUCACUGAUGAAUUUCUGCGUCUUACUUCAGUUGGUGCCACAGUUGAAUUCACAGUUGGCCCUAAACCAGUGGAGAACUUUCGAAUGAUUGAGAAACACUACUUUAAAGAUAAAUUACUAAAGAGUUUUGACUUCACGUUUGGAUUUUGCAUGCCUAACAGUAAAAACACAUGUGAACAUAUAUAUGAAUUUCCUGGUUUGUCUGAAGAAGAAAUUGCUGAGAUGGUGAGAGCUCCUUACGAAACAAAAUCCGAUAGUUUUUAUUUCGUUAACGAUGAACUAGUGAUGCAUAAUAAAGCUGAUUAUGCGUACGAUGGAUGAUGCUGCGCAUACGACAGAUGAUGCCGUGCGUACGACAGAUGAUGCCGUGCAGAUUUUAUAAAUAGGAUAUUUAACUUGCUUCAUAUCUAGUCUUUCUAAAUCCCACUUAAAAUUUGUGUGUUUGCUUUUCACUAAACGCCUCGCUAAGUCUUUUCGUAAUGUGAAAAAAAAAUGAUGUAAGAGACAAAAAAAAUAAAGUUAGCUGUCUUUUCUCUAUUUAUAAAGGGAUAUUAAAUUUAUUGGUUAGAACUUUGUAGUUUUAGCUUAAAAAUGUUUCUUUUCUCCGCGAUUAUUUAAACAAACACAAUGCUUUCAAAGUUGUAAUCCUAAUGCAGAAAAGUUUUAGCGAAAAACCUGCCUGUGGUCUAAGUCAAAUUUUUAGUUAAGGAAAGUGUAUAUUUGUAUAGAUUUUUAUCCUGUAAACAACCUUAGUACCCAAUUCUCUUUCUUGUAAAAACAAAGCGGAGUUGGGUUCAAAGCUGUGUUAUAUAAAUUAAACUAAUAUUAAUCGUGUUGGAGCUGCCAUUAUUGUUUAGGUGAGGGUUCGUUCUGCUCACGCUUAAACGCUAUUGGUUGACAAUUACGUAAUUAUUUUAAAUGUACAAAAAUAAAAUAUUUGAUCCUGUGA